GUCACCUACCCUCUCACCAAAGCAACGCAAGUGCUAAGACCCCAAUCAUGGCGUCGUCCCUCUCAUUUCUUGCAACCACAGCCUCUCCCUUCCAUCACCACCAUUCCCGCCACCCUCGAAAAGCUGCUCGAGCACCCACUCACUUUUCUCCCUCAGCCUCUGGCGCUAGUACUAAUGCUACUAAUGCUAGUGCAUAUGAUAUUGGUGGCGACAAAGAAUCCAUUCUGAGGUUGGACAGAAGAAAUGUUCUCCUUGGAACGUUGGGAGGUCUGUAUGGUGCUGCCGCCCUCGGACGCGAGAAUACAGCCGUCGCUACUCCGAUUGGACCACCGGACCUAUCCAAGUGCAAAACCGCCCACGCUGGUACAGGCGCGGAGGAUGUCAAGUGCUGCCCGCCUUACAAAGACAACAGCGAGAUCGUCGAUUACAAGUUCCCGACAUCUUCCACGCCACUGCGCAUUCGGAAACCCGCACACCUGUUGGAUGCUGAUGACCUGGCCAAGUACGAGGAAGCCUAUAGACGCAUGAGAGCGCUUGACAAAGAGGAUCCUUGGAGCUUAGAGCAACAGGCAAGGGUGCACUGCCAGUACUGCGAUGGCGCGUAUGACCAGGUGGGGUUCAACGACGUCCAGCUGCAGGUUCACUUCAGCUGGAUAUUCCUGCCGUGGCACCGCUACUACAUCCACUUCCAUGAGAGGAUCCUCGGGAAGCUGAUCGGUGAUGACACAUUUGCUCUCCCGUUCUGGAACUGGGAUUCGCCGGAUGGAAUGACGAUCCCCCCCAUUUUUCUCAAAGAGGGGCCGCUCAACGACGCGUUGCGCAACCCGGCUAACCUAUCGAGGGUGGUGGACUACCAAUACAGCCCUACAACUGAGAGCCCGUACACCGACGAAGAACUGAAGAUGAAGAACCUGUAUCAAAUGAACAAGACAUUUAGGGAGUCUCUUCCGCUUCCGGAGCUGUUCUUGGGAGAUCCGGUCAGGGCGGGCGAGGAGGCCUCUGCGAGCAAGACGAUGGGGCAGAUUGAGUCGAUACAUAACGCGCCGCACCAGUUUGUGGGAUUGCCCGAUGCACCGUUCCGGGACAUGGGCAACUUAUACUCGUCGGGUUACGACCCGCUUUUCUACUCCCACCAUUCGAACGUGGACCGGAUGUGGCACAUUUAUAGGCAGAAGCGUGGAAAUAAGGUCGACUUCAACGAUCCCGACUGGCUCAACUCAUCCUUCAUCUUCUUCGACGAGAACAAACAGUUGGUGAAAGUCAAGGUGGCAGACUGUCUCAAUCCGCUGAAACUCCGGUACACCUAUGAAGACGUGGAACUUCCAUGGGCUAAUAGCAGCAUCAAGAAAAAGCAGAAGGCCAAGGCCAAACCCAGAUCCAGAGUCUCGUUGGUCGAGGUAUCCGAGUUCGGACCGGACCCAAGACCCCUGGAUUCGACCAUCAGGGCCCUUGUGCAGAGGCCCAAGAAGUCCCGAACCAAGGGCGAGAAAGAGGAUGACGUGGAGGUCCUCGUGAUUGACGGCAUAGAGAUCCCCGACAAUGGGCCCGUCAACUUUCAGGUGUACGUGGCAGCGCCUUAUGGAGGAAAUUUUGUGGGACCUGACCUUGGAGAGUCUGCAGGGAACUUUUUGAAACUGCCCCACUUCCACAUUAGUAAAAAGGGUGAUGCGGAGAAAAAGAAAUUCAGCCUCAAGUUGGGUAUAUCCAACUUGAUAGAAGAAAUUGAUGCUGAAGGCUCGGAGAAAGUGGUUGUGAGCUUGGUACCAAAAGUCGGGGAUGUCAACAUUGGUGGGAUCCACAUCGAUCUAAUCAAGACCGAUUGGACAGCUUAGAUAAGAACACUUGCGACUGUAGUGGGAGUGGGACCCACCAUCUCUCUCCCACUUCCUUUUGGUUACUAUCUCAUGGUAAGAUUAAGGUUACGUCAGUAAUAAAGAGCUUGACUUAAAGGUUCGAAGAUUCAGUGAAUUCGGUCCUGAGUCGAGUUGCGACUUGACCAAGCAUUCGGCGCAGACAUCCUUCAUUUUCAAUUAUGAGCCAUGGCGCCGAACAGGAUUGAACUUGACCAAGUUCAAGCUUAUUCCAACGAGUCGACAAUCCAUGCUUGAUUUUAUUCUGCUUUUCCUAGGGUCGUGUAGGUGUGUAUGGUAUCAUAGGGAUGCCCUGUAAGUUGCUCAUGUCUGUUUACGUUUAUGAAUAAUAAAUAUUGGAUGA